AUGUCUCAACCGUCGAUGCUUGAAAUCCGAAAGGGUGAAAUUACCCCAAGUGAAGGCGUCGUCAACUUGCUUCCCUGCCGUGUCCAGCACACAGGCCCUAUCGGGCCAUCUUCAGCUUACUGGAAUCCCACUAUAGACGAGAACGACACGAGGACGGCAUAUCUUCGAGGAAGGAAACUUCAGGGAAAAGUUGCCUCAUUACCUCCGAAUUAUCGAGGCCUUGUUCUUCAGCGAAAAGACGACGAGCAAAAAGAUGCCGAGGAACCAGAUGUCAUCAUGAUAGGAGAUGAUGGAGAUGAGGGCUCGGUUCCUAGACUGGGAACAAUGCAUACCGUGACGGAGUUUGAUAAAAUGGUUGUCUGGUCGCAUGACGCAGUUACAGAUGCUUCAGCAGAUCCUUACCUAAGAAGCGUGGAAGAGUGGCUUCAAGUAUCAGAUAGUAUACAUUCUUAUGAUGCCGCAGAGAAGGGAGAGUCGAAGUAA